AUGUUGUUCUUUCUAUUGUUUUCAAUAGUUGGAGUGGAGGCUCGUGUCUCGUCAAUGGAUCCGGUGGCUUUCUCGAAUUCGCGGAUCUUGAAGAACUAUUGGGGAGAGAUGAGCUCGAGAAAUGGCUAUAAAUGGAAAGAGGAAUGGUACCCGGAGAUGCCGAUCGAUCAUUUUGCUUUCGCCAACAACUACACGUUUCCACUUCGGUAUUUCAUCAACACUGAAUCCUAUGAAUCCGGUGGCCCGAUUUUGUUCUACACGGGGAAUGAGGGAAAAUUGGAGGGAUUCGCCGAGAAUACUGGAUUUAUGUGGGAUAUUGCUCCUGAAUUCAAAGCGGCUGUUGUCUUUGCUGAACAUCGCUUCUAUGGGAAGACUCAACCGUAUGGAAAUGACAGCUAUACGAGCACGAAAAAUUUGGGAUAUUUGAGCUCCGAACAAGCAUUGGCCGACUUUGUGGUUUUGAUUGAUUACCUCAAGAAAGAACGACUCACUGGGGCGACUAAUUCACCUGUGAUUGCUUUUGGUGGAAGUUAUGGAGGAAUGCUAGCCGCUUGGAUUCGAGUCAAAUAUCCUCAUAAAGUUGAUGGAGCCAUCGCCGCUUCUGCACCCGUGUUUUGGUUUGGAGACUCCGGUGUUCAGGAGAAUAUCUACGACAAAAUUGUUACCCGGGCUUUCGUGGGCUCUGGUUGCAACUUCGAUGCUGUAAAAAAGGGCUGGGAUGCUAUUGAUGAAUUAUGUAAAACGGAUGAUGGACGAUCUUUCUUGAACAACUUGUUCCAUUUUUCUUCAAAGUCACGAAUUGAAAGCUCUAAAGAUGCCGUUUGGUUGAAAGGAUAUAUUCGUGAGACAAUUGAAAGUGUGGCUAUGGUGAAUUAUCCGGUUCCCACCAACUUUUUGGCCCCAUUGCCUGGUUGGCCGGUGAAGAAAAUUUGCCGACAUUUCCAACAAGUUGCACCCAACGAUAAAGAGGCCGCUGAACAAAUGUUUGAGAUUGUCAACCUUUACUACAACUCCACUGGAGAUAAGAAAUCGUUCUGUGCGAAUCCGGCUAGUUGCGAUGGUGCAUUCGCUGAAUUAGGUGAUCCCUUGGGUUGGCCAUGGCAGACAUGCACCGAGAUGGUGAUGCCGAUUUGCGGUGGCGGGCCACCAUCGGACUUUUUCUGGAAGGAUUGCCCAUUCACUUACGAUGGUGCAGCAGAAAAUUGUGCGCAAUGGUUCGGCAAAUUGGGCUACGACAAGAAGUUGUUCAGACCGCAUUGGGCCAUUCAGAAUUAUGGAGCCACAUUCCCUACCGCCACAAACAUCGUUUUCAGCAAUGGCUUUUUGGAUCCAUGGUCCGGCGGUGGCUGGGCCUUGAAACCCAAGGUUGAGGGAUCGCUUGUCAGCAUUAUUUUGUUGGAUGGAGCUCAUCACUAUGAUCUACGCGGAGCACAUCCACAGGACACUGCCGAGGUGAAGAAAGUGCGUGAACAAGAGAAAGGCUACAUUGCAAAAUGGAUCAAAGAAGCUCGCAAAAGAACA